ACCAACAACAAGCAGGAAUCAAGAAAACCAGUCAGUUUAGCUUCUGCCGCUGAGUCAGACGCACGCAUCGAGCAUGGCGGAUAAUCACUUUCCGAUCGCGAUCACUUACAUUCAUAACAUUGAAGAUAAAAACAGUUAUAAUUUGUAUUAAUCUAGUGGCAAAUUAACGUAAUACUGUGUUAAAAAUGCAUUAGUGAUAGAGUUUAGCGCAAAACCGUUAGAAAACUACGUGUGAAGUUGUGUUGCAAUAUUUUCGUGCGGUUCUAUCAACAAGUUUUGUUUAGGGUUUUGUUGGAAAACUAUAAUGGAAGUGAAGUUACAGUAAUACAGUUUAGUGUGUGUAUUAAUGCUGUGUGUGAGAGUCGAGAGUUGAAUAAAACUAGUUUUUACGUGCAUUUUGGACGGCGAGUUGUGGAUACCGUUACUAGCGGACGAGGGUAGUCGCGGAUUGCCACAGUUGCUGAAAUCCCAGACGAGGCAGGCGGGCGCAGUCAUGGACUCGGAAAGCCGCAGCGAGUCUGCUCUGAACAGCCCCACGGAGCCCGACGUGUCGCUCGCGGCGUCCCUCACCGACCCCCUGGAGGCCCACACCCUGGACGAGGCACGGAGGUCCAUCAGGGAUCUCCGCAUGAAAUACCGAGCUCAGGCGCACCAGCUCCUCACCUGGCGCCGCGCGCACCGGCUGCAGGAGGAGCUGGCGACGCGCCUGCAGCAGGAGAAGGCCGACCAGCUGCGGAGCCUCUCCAGCCAGCUGCUGCUGUUCGAGUCCCGCCUCGUCCGCAAGCAGAAGGAGAUCACCGGCAUGCUCGCCCUCCGCGAGAAUAUCAUCAUGAAGCAACAGAAAGUCAUCGAGAGCCUACAAGCUAAGCUGCUCGAAAGCGGUAUCGAACCAUCCCAGACUAUCCCUGACUACCGCGAGCUGCUGCAAGACUCCCACGUGACCGACUUCGAUUCCCUCAACGACUCGGACUCCGCGGUCGUCAUGGAGGACGUGGACUCGGACUGCAGCAACCUGCCGCUCGUGCCGCGCUUCCGCUCCGCCGACAGCGUCACCAUCGUGCGCUCCAUCUCCGACGCCAUCGACCCCAACCUCAAGUACAGCGUCGUCAGGCGGUCCAACGGCUUCCUGCGGAGACCGGAGAUUCUGGAAACCGUCUACAGCGUUGAAGAGGAGGCCGACGGCGAUUCCACUAAAGGCUUGAGUGCUCAGAACAGUACAGAGAAGGAGAUCUCAAACAAAACCGAUGAAGAGAAGUAUAAAGAGACGAGUCUGUUGGCGCAGCGGCGGGACAACUUCCGGACGAAGAAGGUGGUGCUCGCGGCCGAGGAGAAGAGCCAAGACAGCGACAAGGAGACCAAGCCGCGGGGCAAGCCCUGGGCGUACAGCUACGUGCCCAAGCGCAUGACGCCGGCGAGCGCAUCGGACGAGGAGGCGUCCGCGCCGGACAGCGACGAGGAGCCCCGCUGCGGCCCCGUCGUCACCUACAACCGCGUCAUGUCCAACCACCGCAACGUUACCAAGCCCAAGGACGUGAAAUACAAGAGGAUCAACAAGGCCAAGUCCAAGAGCCUUGAGGAGCUGCGCGGCCGGCUCAAGAACUGGGUGGACAAGGGCGGCCCGCUGGGCGGACAGCUGGGACCGCUGGAACACGCGCAGAGCUACGCGUAGACAAACCGACACUUUAGUUCCUCUUUCAAAAGCAAAUUCGCUUUGAGUGAUUUAUCGUUUAAGUGCCAAGUUUCAAGCGGUAGAAUUCUGCAGUCGGUGUGAGCUUUUGUGUAAAUAUUGAUAACACUCACUUCUGCGCGCUUCUUAAACUCGGUUUUACUGUGACUACACGCUCGGACGUAGGAGAAAUUGUUAUUUAAUCACGUAAGUCAUGAUAGGCUACUUAAUUAUUAAACUAAGGAUAAAUAUUGUAAAAGAUAAUACUUGUACCUUUUUAGCAAUUAACAACGGCUUUACAAAACGGAGGCAAAUGUGUAUUGACACUCUAUUCUUGAUACUUGUACUUCUAUCGAUAUUGUGAUUUCUGCGUACUAAGUACGUGUCCAAUUAUACGUUUUUAAAUUUAGUCCUAAGUUUAGUAUAUUGUUUACGACGGAGCAUCGUCACAGAAGAUUUGAUAUUUUGAUGAAACUUGAUAGGUUGUGUGUCCUGACCCUCGUCAGGGCUGGCGACGCUCCGUGGAAGGCCCGUGAGUGGCGACGCUGCAAGUUAACCAAUUUAACUUAUUUCUCGCAUGACUGAUUUUGUGUAAUUUCCUUUAGCUUAAGCUCUAGGCAGAGACAAUCAACCUUGACUUGUGAUCAGGAUUUGAUAACGGAACGUUGUGAUGUCCAACCUGAAUUUUCACAGUUAUUUAAUAAGUAUUUUUAAAUAUUCCGCUACAAAAAAAACACGCGAUUAUUUUUUUAUUUAAAAUCAUUGUUGUUAUUUAAAUCAAAGAUUUAUAAUAUUAUUAUUAGAUAAUUGUAUUGUAAUUUCAUCUACAUGUGCCAAUUACUAUAACGAAUCAUUUUUUUUCUUAAAAUUAAGUAGGUUUACAUAUCAGCGUUGGCAGUUAGUUAGACGUCGCUUGAAAGAAGUAUAUUUUAUUACAAUAUCACUUACACUUUAAGUUUCCUAACAAUAGUCAACUUCACGGUAACUCAAAAUAAACAGUUAUAUAGAAAA